AUGGCACGUAGGCCUCCUCCUCCUCCACCCACAACUCCUGAUGCACCAGAUAUGAUGAGGAUGAUGGAAUUGGUGAUAACUGAGGCCUCUCAGAGGCAGUAUUUGGAAUUGUUGACCAGUGGAACGAUUGUAGUUGGACCCUCAUCUUCUUCUUCCACACAACCUCAAGAGUGGAGUCUUGAGAACUUCUUGCAGCACCGUCCAGCGAAGUUUAAUGGACAGGUUAGCCCAGAUGAGGCGGAUAGGUGGUUUAGAGAUAUGGAGCACAUUUUUAAUGCCAAGAGGUGUUCAUAUGAGAAUAGACUGGCUUUCACGGAAUAUUUAUUAUCCGGGGAAGCUAGUCAUUGGUGGAGUAGUAUGAGGACCAUAGUAGAGGGCGGUAACACUCAGAUCACUUGGGAGUUGUUCAAGGAGAGAUUCUAUGCUGAAUAUUUUCCUGACAGCGUCAGAUUUCCUAAAGAGAUUGAAUUUCUACAACUGGUUCAGGGAAAUAUAUCAGUCUUUGAGUAUGCAGACCGGUUCAAGCAUCUGAUCAGGUUUCAUACAGUGCCGAUGAGUGAAGUUUGGCAGUGUCGGAAAUUUGAGAAUGGUCUUAGAGGGGAGAUCAAGUUGUUGGUGAAGGGGCUUUCUAUUAAAGAAUUUCCAGCUUUGGUGGAAAUGGCAAGGGUCAUGGAGAAGACCAAGUUGGAGGUGGACAGCCAGAAGAGUCAGCCUUUGAGAGUGGGAGGACCGGUGAUGUCCAGAGGUGGUUCCAGUUCUAGAAGGACUCCCUACUCUAGGCCUCCUUCUCAUGGGUCUAGGGGUUCCUUCUCCCAGUCUUUAGUGCAAUCAGGGUAA